AUGGGAAUCAAAAGCAGAAGCACUAGUUUGCUAUCUCUACUAUGCAUUGUUGUUGCAUUAGUAACUGUGUCUUUGGUACAAGCAGAAGAUGAUUAUAAAUUCUUCACAUGGACCGUGACUUAUGGAACCCUUUCUCCUCUUGGUACUCCCCAACAAGUUAUUCUGAUUAAUGGUCAGUUUCCUGGUCCUAGACUUGAUUUGGUAACUAAUAACAAUGUGAUUCUCAACCUUGUCAAUAAGCUAGAUGAGCCAUUUUUACUCACAUGGAAUGGGAUUAAGCAAAGGAAAAAUUCAUGGCAAGAUGGAGUUGUAGGAACCAACUGUCCUAUUCCUCCAAACUCAAACUAUACAUACAAGUUUCAAACCAAGGAUCAGAUUGGAACUUAUACCUAUUUUCCAUCAACUAAAAUGCAUAAAGCUGCUGGAGGGUUUGGAGGACUCAAUGUUUAUCGUAGAUCUGUUAUCCCGAUUCCUUAUCCAAAUCCUGAUGGAGAUUUUACUCUACUCAUUGGUGAUUGGUACAAAACCAACCACAAGGUGUUGAGCCAAUCUUUAGAUUCUGGAAAAUCUAUUGGUUUUCCUGAUGGGCUGCUUAUCAAUGGUCAAGUUCAUUCUAGCUUCACUGGUGACCAAGGAAAAACCUAUAUGUUUAGGAUCUCGAAUGUGGGUUUGUCAACCUCAAUUAACUUUAGAAUUCAGGGUCAUAUGCUAAAACUAGUUGAAGUUGAAGGAUCACAUGUGAUCCAAAACGUAUACGAUUCACUUGAUGUUCAUGUUGGACAAUCUAUUUCUGUGUUAGUAACGUUAAAUCAACCUCCAAAGGACUAUUACGUUGUCGCUUCAACAAGAUUUACUCAAACAGUUCUCACCACAAUUUCUGUGCUGCAUUAUGCAAAUUCUCAUUCCUCAGCAUCAGGAACAUUGCCUCCGCCCCCUGCUAACGGUUAUGACUUGUCUAUGAAGCAAGCUAGAACUUACAGAUGGAAUCUGACAGCUAAUGCUGCUAGGCCUAAUCCACAAGUUAACAGUGUCUCCUAUGUUAACCCUGAUACCCCUCUUAAACUUGCUGAUUACUUCAACAUUCCUGGAAUCAUUGAUAACUCAAUUCAAAUCACUCCCUCUAAUGUUCCUGCACAUAUAGCUACAUCCGUGUUGCGAACUUCUCUCCAUGAUUUUAUCGAAGUUGUUUUCCAAAACAAUGAAAAAACCAUGCAAUCUUGGCAUCUUGAUGGUUAUGAUUUUUGGGUUGUUGGUUAUGGUUUUGGCCAAUGGACAAGUGCUAGUAAAAGUACCUAUAAUCUAGUGGAUGCCUUGACUAGACACACUGCUCAGGUAUAUCCGAACUCUUGGACAGCUAUAUUGGUGUCAUUGGAUAACCAAGGAAUGUGGAAUUUGAGAUCAGCCAUAUGGGAAAGACAAUAUCUUGGACAACAGUUGUAUCUAAGGGUGUGGAAUGCACAACGCACUGCAGCCAAUGAAUAUGAUAUUCCUAGUAAUGCUUUGCUUUGUGGCAAAGCAUUGGGACAUCAUUCUUAG